AUGGCCGAGAACGCGAAUAGGGUGUACCCGGUUACGGCGGUCCAUCUUGCGGGUGAGAUCGAUCCUGAUACAGCGGCACCGGUACAACCCUCUCGACUGGCUUCCCCCCCUCGUAUCCUUUCCAGAUACAGAGGAUCCAUCGUACCUUCGAACGUGUUUCUCAUAGGAUUGGCGCUCUGCUGUUUAACCCUGUCGCCGGUACAACCGCGACAAAAUCAUCAUCAUCAUCAUACAUGUCCCGGUUGUCCGCACCAGCAGCAACAGCAACAGCAUAUUCACGACACGCAUCGGGGCGGUGGUUCCAAGGAUGCCGCCGCGCCCACCCCGGACGAUCUCAGACUCGAGGCGAUCAAGCAUCAGAUACUCACGAAACUCGGUCUGAGAACGCGGCCGGACGUAAACAGAACGUUGGCCACGGUGCCUAGGCACUUGGCUCUCGAGACGCUUUACAGAGCCGAAGCACAGUCUUCUUCCCGUUAUCCGUCCGACGGAUCGUCCGACGACCAUGACACCGUCUACUCGCAGGAGUUUCUCUACGGCGGCGACGAGUAUUCCUACAGAAAUCUCGACCAGCGGCCGGACGGCUCCAAAGGCAAUUCCAGGCUAGGCUCUUCUUACCAGGUCUACGGGGACAGCCACGACUCGCAGGAGGAGAUCGACGAUUUCUACGCGAGGACCUCGGAGAUCAUCACCUUCGCCGAACCCGGAAGAACGUUGAACGGCCAACCACUGCUGGAGUUCCCGAUGUCCAGCGGCGAGCCCGCGUUGGAGCCCCUGAAAAUCAAGAGGGCAACUCUAUGGGCGCGAGUGGAGUUCAAACACGCCCAUCACUACCAGCACCGCCGUCAAGGCGAAAACCAAAGAAACGUAACACUGUGGGUGUUCAGGGUUCGCUGCGGCAACAUGACGCACUUGCGUGGAAAGGAGCUCGGCCAACAUCUGGAAAUGGUCACGUCACUAGGAGUGAACGUCGGUCAAUUGGGCUGGUUAAAGUUCGACGUGACCGGGGUUACGAGCAGCUGGUACGCGACGAACGAGGGAUCCAAAGACAAGUUGACGUUGCUCGUCGAUUGCACCGGAUGCGGCUCAAGAGUUCACGUCUCGACGUUCGACGGUCACUCGCCGCACGUCAUCGAGUCCUCCUUUGACGCCAAAGGUACUCAAGACCCGGACCGACCGUUUCUAGUGGUCCGCACGGAUCCAGCGGCCGUGAAGCGAGUGAGGAGACGAGCGGUCGAAUGCAGCGGCGCGAUCAAAGGCCAGUGUUGCAAGCAGAGAUUCUACGUGAACUUCUCUCAGCUGGGUUGGGACGACUGGAUAAUAGCUCCUCAAGGGUAUUACGCAAACUACUGCAGAGGAGACUGCGCCGCAGGCCACAGAACGCCGGACACGUUCCUCAAUUAUUACACCCACGUGAUCGAGGAAUACCGGAAGAUGGAUCGACUGGCCGGUAUGCAACCGUGUUGCGCUCCGCUCAAGUUCUCGCCGAUGUCGCUGAUCUAUUACGGCCCCGAUUCCAACAUCAUCAAGAGGGAUCUGCCAAAGAUGGUGGUGGACGAGUGCGGUUGUCCCUAAGUGUUCCUCGGUGCUCGACACUCGGUGCGUUCGACCACCGAUUCGCGUUAUUAUACCUGUGUACAUUUUGCUCCACGUUCAGAAAAUCGAACGCUCGACACGUCCCCAGACUCCAAACGUGGAGAAACGCGUAUCGGAAACGGCUUCGAAUCGCCUCAACCAACGACCCUUCGCGAUCACCCUUCAAGCACCACGGCUCGAGUUACGCGAUUUUCGGCAGACGAUCCGGUUUCCUUUAGGGUUCGUACUGGUAUUACGGAGAUAUACGGUCAGAGUCCGUUUGAAAAGCGAUCCGUGUGUUCUCGAAUCAGGUCCAAAAGCAAUUUUCUACGUUACAACGGAUUCUCGAUCGCCGGCAAUCCGAUUACGAUGAAACGAAACGACGCGACACGACGCGACACGACGUGACCGGACGCGACACCGCAGUAGGGACAAUCGACGAAGUAACGAUCAUUGGACGACAGCUUGAUCGAUCGUUGGUUUCAGACUACGUUUCCGAUCGCGGAGCUCAAUUUUCGUCCGUUUUAUAUCGAUGGAUGAAAAUUUUGCGACGCUCGAGCGCGGUAAAUUAAGAUAUUAACCAAAAUUCUUACUAAGAGCUUAACCUUUUCUUAUUAGCCGCGACGAGAAAGAGGAAAGUAGAACGUAUGAAAGUAAAAGAGACUAUAUAUAUAUAAAAAUAUAUAUAUAUAUAUAUAUAAAUAGAAAUAUAUAUAUAUACUAUGUAUACAUAAACCGACGUAUAUGUAUGGUACGUGUACUUAAAUAUACAUACGUAUGCAUACGUAUACGCGUAUACAAACGCGCGAGCAUGAACGGACGUGCGAGGUGAUUCAGCCGAGUAGAAAUACUUUAAAUAUGGUCGUAAGGUUAACUCGUAAACGAUAUAACUCAAUCCGAUUGCCUUGUUUUUUAUGCGAAACGUAUGAAAGUAUCGACUAAUGAUUUAGCGAGCUAAAGAACAAAAAACUAAGAGUACUAUUAAAUAUACAUACGUAUAUGUAUACCGUACGUACGCAUAAGUAUAUGAAUAUAAAUACAAAUGCAAAUACAAAUACAAAUACAAAUACAAAUACAAAUAUAAAUAUAUAAAUAUAUAAAUAUAAAUAUACGCGUAAGGGCGGGCGCAUUGA